AUGCCUAUCGAGCCCCGAGAUCCAAGUACGCUGCCAGGCUCGUCAUCCAGGAGAAUUGCCGACUCACGCUCCCAAACCCAUAGCAUCUCAUGGCGAGCCCAUCCAGAAUUUCCUAAGAUUCUCGCACAUCUACAAGAUCCAAUUCUUCCACUUAUCCCAAUCAACUCACCCUCGCCACUACCUGAAUUCCCAACAACAAUCCUUGCAUACCACCUCCUCACCCACUCACAACUGGACUUCCUAGCGCGGGCUUUCCAUCAAGUGUGGCCCCCGGUUCCAGAGACGUUAUUAUAUCCAGUCCGGAUGCCACCAUGGAUAGGAACAGUGGAAGAAGGCAGGCUUGACUUGCGCACGAAACGCCGGCGCUGGGGCUAUUUCAUUGGCUUGGGCGACUGUCAGCUUUUCGCGGAAGAGGAGAGUUCUCUUCCUUCGAGUUCAACUACGGCACAAGGGAUAUCGGAUAACGGUUGCGAGCCGACACCGUCCGAUCUUGUGAAUGAAUUUUUGGAGAGCGUGUGCUCGGGCGUCGAUUCUGAAAUCGUGCAGCAGAUGUUGCUGGGCAUGGAGCGCGAGUGGGAGGACGCCAUGGAGCGAGCGCGCGCGGCUCGAAAUCCUUGGUCGGGGCCAAAAUCACUAUUUUGGGAUUGA